GACAGCUUUCCCUUUCUUAUUCUACUCCGUCCCGUACUUGUACACUGGUUUGUCGCUGAGCGAAGGCCGGACAUUAUCCAUCACUGCCAUCUAAACUUUUCCUUGUUGAUCGCCUAUUUGCACCACAUACAUAUUCCUCCCUUCUUGCAGAUAAACCUUCUUUUACUCCCGCAAAAAUGGAUAAGAUCAAGGAGAGAAUGAACACCCUCCGCCUGGAGGCCGAAGACGCCCAGGAGAAGGUCGAGGAGCUCAAGGCCAAGGUUAGAACGAUGGAGCAGGAGAACUUGGCCAAGGAGCAGGAAAUCACAUCCCUCAACCACCGGAACCAACUCCUGGAGGGUGAGGUUGAGAAGAUGGAGACUACGCUCAAGGAGGCCAAGGAUGCCGCCAACCAGAGUGCUCAGCAUGACACUCAGAAUGAGGCUUUGCAGAGACGCCUGCAGAUCUUGGAAGAAGAGGCUGAAGAGGCUGACCGGAAUUUGCGGGAGACAAAUGAAAAACUCCGCCAAACCGACGUCAAGGCUGGUCACUACGAACGCAAGGUGCAGGCGCUCGAGGCUUCUCGUGACCAGUGGGAGAGCAAGUACGAGGAGAUGGCGAAGAAGCAUGCCGAAUUGCAGAAGGACCUGCACGACCUCGAGGUCUCCAUCAGCAACGUCUAAGAACGGAUCUGGGUACGGGCGUAAGAGUGUCGGGAGAUGCGGGACUCAGCCUCUUUUUUCAUCAAAUAUACACUUUUAUUCUCUUGUUCUCCUUUUCUUUUCUCGUGUGUGCAUUUUACAGCUUGUUCAUUAGCCUCGUGUGUGUUGGCGGAGGAUAAUCAAUUCUCGCCGUUAAAGUUGGGGCAUAAUCAUUCUUAUGCAACUUGCCCCAUCUUCCCACGGAUUGUUCCCCUCCUGGUCUU